AUGUCUAUUAUUACCAAGAAGAAAUAUGUUGUAAAUGAAGCACUUCAACGUUAUCAAUUACCCGAUGAAAAACAUUAUAUUGUCAAGGUGGUUGCUCCACGUGGAAAUAAUUUACAUGAAGUACUAACACCGAGUGGAUCGAUAUUUCUUGUUAGUAUGCCAACGAAAUUUCGUCAAACAAUAUUUAUUAAACGAGGUGAUUAUGUACUCGUAGAAGAUAUUGAAGAAGGUGAUAAAGUUAAAGCAGAAAUUGUGCAAAUUUUAUUUAAAGAUAAUAUUAAAUAUAUUCGAUCACAAAACUGUUGGCCUAAAGAAUUUCAAGAUGUUCAAGAAACAGAAAAUAAUAAUGAUAAAUCAAUAGAUGAUAUGAUGCCACCAUCAGAAAGUUCAGAAGAAGAAGAAGAAGAAGAAGAAGCAGUAAAUUCAUCGGGAAAAAAAGCCACUGAGUAA